GGAGCGAAGAAUCUACGCAUGCGCGGUGCAGCCGAAGGGCCGAUGGCACCUACUGUCCAGACCACACACCACCACAACCAUUAGUGCACCAAUACCAGGGUUUCUUCGAACAACAGCCGCAUAAGAGAUAUGAAUGAGGACCACGUCGUUCUCCCUGGAGGUUAUAACCCUUCUCUUCCUCACACUGAUCCCCUGGCCGGGACCAUCGGUGUUCAAGAUUACCUGCUCUCGUGACAACUCCAAAAUCGUAAGGAAAGUCAUACAAAACAAAUGGCUCCCAGUCUUAGAAAGGUUUCAGGUAAAGCUUCCCCUGGAGUGUCCGUUCCAUCCGGCGCGAGACAUCUUCGCGCCACAGCACGCGGCCAAGCUGCGUCACCGCGCGUCGCAGUGGACGUGCGCCUUCUGCGGCAAGUCCUUUUACGAGGAGCGACACCUCGACACGCACUUCGACCAGCGACACAAGAACCAGAUUAACAAGGCAGAGGACGCAGUAUGUCUUGCGGACUACUGCGACAUAAUGCGAUGCCAAGUGCUGAUAGCACAUGGGUCGCUGAGCAGCGUCGGCGGGCCGGGCACCGACGUCGAGGUGUGGCAGGACCUCGAGGCGGCGAGGAAGGCGCUAGCCCCGGCCGCGGCAAGGAGUAUGGCACGGGUGCCUGCGCGCCGGAGACACCGUCCGCGACCGACGCCUGCGCCGCCCGUCACCGACUGUCCGAAAAAAGAUCCUAACAGUGACGAGCCUGAAGUAGGAGAAAAGAGAACAGAGGAUAAUGACAGCGACGUUAAUCAAACAGCAGAGCUAUGCGAUGCAGACACAGUGGAGUCAUCACUACCACCAGACAGUAGGCAGCGGCGGUUAGCUGACUUGCAGGCAGAACGGGCCGCCUGCGACCCUACUCGCCUCCAAGGAUUAAAGGUGCGAUGCGAGAGGGUCGUGCAUUCCUGCAUCGCUACACUUCUUCUGCAUCUCACACAACACCAGUUCACGGAACUAGAAGAUGAGAUGCAGCGCGCAGUGUGCUGGUACCUGAGCUGUGACCGGUACUGGGAGGACACGGCCCCGACGGCGCGCGCCUUCCCGUGGCCACUGCUGCUGGCCCUCGCUACCGGCCUGGCGCUCGCACUCUGCAUGUGCUACUAUAUCAUCUGGAUCGUCUUCGAUUCCGAAGAGGGCAGCGUAGCAGGCAGCGCGUCGGUUUCAAUGACGACGCACUCGUCGCCCACUCGCGCCGAGCGUCUGGCAGCCGAAGAAGCUAUGCUAGAGGACCCUGACCACGACGACCAUUACAUCUACGUCACCUACCCGCCGGAGCUCAAGCGACGCCUGCUCGAAAGCUGCUACAAUAGAACGACUCGUCUAUGAGAGCCAAUCGUCCAUCCCAAUAUUGUGCAUGCGUACCGUACCAACGAGUAGUAACCUCAUUAACUGUCAUUGUUCAAAAUUCUUCAAAAGACUCAAUAUAACUACUUGAGUAAUUCUAAACGUCUAUUUCAUGUCAAGGGCACCGAACAGCAGUGAUAAGCAUAUACAGAAGAAAAUGUUUAUUAAAAUUAACUUUAUACAUUUACGCAUUGUUUAAAAUUGCAUGGGGUUUUGGUAGAAACAACACUGGAUGUUUUUAAUAGUGUUACGCAAUUUGAACUGUGUUUGUAGAUUGAUAAAGUCGAUUUUGUUAUCUAAAUAUUUGCUUCUGUUCUACCUGGCAAAGAAGUAGGCUUUAAAAGUACAACGUUCGGUUGUUGCAGAAUUUUGAAUUAAUGUCAUAAAAUGUUGGUGUAUGUGUAUGUCAACAAAAUAGAUGUAAUUCAACAGUUCUGUUUCUUAUUUCUUGAUCAGUUUUUAACCGACUUAAAAAAAGGAGGUUGUAGGGGCGAUGGUAUGAUAUUUUUUACCAAAGCUUUGUUAGCUGUACAAAAAACGAAUGCUUGAUUUGUAUAAUGAUAAUUAAUAAGAAACAGAACACUGGACAGUGUACCUUAUAGAGAAUUGAAUCUCAUGUUUUAUUCUAAAUUGUUCAUUGUUUUAAUCACUUUAGUACAAGUGUAGCUGUUAUUGUUUACCCAUAGAAGUAGUGUGCUUCGGAACUUGUGCCUAAUUUCCUUCUAGUUCAUGUUUUAAAUGUGAUUUUUCCAAAGUAGCUCAUAUAGAAAUUGUUUUCCUAAAUUGUAUACAAACAUUAGGCGUUUGUUGUCUGUCGAUCGAGUAAAUACGAAUAACUUACGUACAAAGAAUUAUAUUAGAAUCAGGAGAGUAUUAAUAACUUUACGGGGUUAUUUAUGUAACUUAUUUACUUAACAAUUAAAUUCCGAAAUUGCUUUGAAAAAAAAAAACGAAUCUAAAAAAAGGAAUGUACUCUAAAAUUGCCUUUUACUACCAAUAGAUAAAUUGCAGUGUUUUGAGAUACGGAUGUAUGAGGUAAAGGUUUGAUUACGAUAGGUUAGUUAUUUGAGAACUUUUGAUAGCUUGUGAUAAGUUUGAGCGUUGGUAAACACAGAGUUGUCUGAUAGAAGUAAGGGACUCGAAUGUAAGUUACGUGCUUUUGUAUUAAACGACAGCGAAUGUGUAGAACUAGGGAUCUUUGUAAAUAAAGUCUAAUUUUUCACUAAAUAUCUAUAAUACUAAAGAUCAUAAAAACUACUGAUAUUAUAUUAACGAUAUGAAUUGUUCGAUAACUGCUUUCACACGCCAUUAAAUGCUUCAAAGAGACUGAAGUAAGGAUAAAUACAUGAUUGUUCACCAACUAGUAUA